AUGGACGGGUCUCAGUCACCCAUCUUCCGUCUCUUAGAGGAUAAAGUUGCUAUUGUCACUGGCGGUGCCCAGGGCAUGGGCAAGGAAACCGCCUCGGUAUUUCUUCGAGCGGGCGCCAAAGUGGUCAUUGCAGAUGUGAAAGAAGACCAAGGCCUUGAAGUUGCUAAAGAGCUUUCCUCCCUUGGAGAUAUCCUUUUCGUGGCAACAGACAUCUCAAAGUCCAGUGAUGUCCAAAACCUCAUUGGGCAGACGGUCAAAAAGUUUGGCAAACUAGAUGUGGCCAUCAACAACGCGGCGAUGUCACCAGAUAAGACAUCACUGAUCGAUUUUGAUGAAUCCUAUUGGCGUCAGCUUUUGGAUGUUAACUUGACUGGUACUGCUCUCUGUUGCAAGUACCAAAUGCAGCAGUUUCAGAAGCAGAAAUCAAAGGGGUCUAUUGUGAAUAUCGCUUCUAUCAAUGCUUUCAUGCCUCAACCAAACAUGCCUGCUUAUACUUCCGCAAAACAUGCUCUUAUUGGCUUGACUAAGCAUGCGGCAACAGAAGGCGGCCCAAGUGGUAUCCGAGUGAACGCUGUUGCUCCAGGGGCAAUUUUUAGUGAAAUGUCGGCCAAGGCGUUGGAAAUUAUGGGUACUACUCACGAUGAAUUUGCGCCCAAAGUGAGCAGUUUGAACAGAUUCGGUCAAGCUCACGAGGUUGCACAAGGGUCUCUUUGGCUUGCGUCUGACAGCUCAUCUUAUGUAAAUGGAAUUUGUCUUCCCAUUGAUGGAGGAUUCUUAUCUAAGUGGUAA